AUGGCUACGUACACUACACAGGAAUAUGCUAACAUGCACCUCAUUUAUGGGGAAUGUUUAUGUAAUGCCAGUGAAGCCGCUAGACGGUAUCGCGAGAGAUACCCUAAUGCAGAUCGCUAUCCGGAUCACAGAGUUUUUACCAAUGUGCACCGUCUACUGUUCUCUGAGGGCCGACUGCCAAACCAAGUGCACGGUGAAGGUAGAAUGUCACUCACUACCCUACGAGGCAGUUGA